GGGUGGGGCGCGCACCGCUUCCUUGUUUACCGGCACGUCUUCAGUAGGAGGGAGGACUGUUCUGGAAGGUGCUGGCAGUAAAGGACAAAGUCGACCAUGCUAACAGCUAAUUUAGCUAUCACUCUAAUGAUUGGCCUGAGGCUAUCCACUGCAAGUGGAAGUGUUGGGCCAUCAAGAGCUGUAGUGUAUCAUUACGGAACGACGUCUAUGAGUUGGGAACAUGCGGCAAGCUACUGCGCCCGUAGAGGCUGGAGACUCGCCCAGUUCAACAGUGACUAUGACCUAUCUGCAUUGAAACACCUAUUCAGUAAUAUUGGAAUUGUGUGGAUUGGACUUGCUAGCACUGAAUCUGGAAGCAUGACCUAUCGCUGGACCGACUGCACGCCAUAUGGUGACCACACGAGGGCUCCUUGGGCUGUUAACGAACCCAACUCUCUUGACAGCCAGCUCUGCGUAAUGAUGAAAGCGUUCACAUUCAAAACGAAUGAUUGUUCGAAACCUUUCAAAUUCCUUUGUGAAGAAAUUCAAGAGGCAGGGACGUGUAUGUUCACAAACCCUGCGUUCUUUGAGUCCGGAACGGAACGGACGGACGGUGCCGUGAUGUCUGCUGAGAUCAACUGUCAACAAGCAUGCCUUGAAUAUCAGGAAGUAAAACAAUGUGUUGGCUAUUCCUAUUAUGACAAAAUGUGCGAGCUGUAUCUUGGACAAUUCCUCAUAUUUCCAAAUUCAACAUCUGGUGCCAAGCCACAUGUCAGCGUAAAGGUGUGCCAUUCUUACCAAACUAUUGACGACAAUAAUAUGGACUUGUGGGACGAACCUUUCCUCCUCUCAUGUGACGAAGGCCUACCUGAAGAAUCAAUGUCUAAUGAAUUCGCUGAUGGCAUCACGGAAGCAACUUACUCUGCAAUUACGGAUGGACUCACCUCCUCCUCCCUUUCCUCCUCAUCUGUUACCAUGGUAACCACCACUGCAAUUCCUCCUACUUCCUAUCAUCUACAAUCCUCAAAUAUGUUGGACACGGGUCUUGACAGUACAGUGACCCAUACGGCAGCGUUGCCUUCCCCAACUAUCCAAGAAGUGACCAAUGAACUUUCCAGGGCUGUGGCUUCCACCAGCAUGAUGCACUGCUUAUGUCUCCAACUAUCUUGA